GGGGCGGCCCCUUUAAGAGGAAGUAGCGCCGGCCGCGAGCGGCGCGCGGGAGCGGCGGGAGCGCGGCGGCCGCGCGGGGCGUGCUGCGGCCCGCGGUGAGGGAGUGCUGCGGCCCGCGGAGCUGUGCGCGUCCGCCGGCGAGGGAGCGCGGCCCGGCAGAUCAGGACCAGAUGAGCAGAGGGAGCUUUCUGUGAAGAUCACAGUCGCCCCAGCCCUGCCCCGGGAAGUGGCCGCGCCUCCGGCUGUCACCACUGUGGGCCUGGAAGAGACACAAGAGAAGGAAAAUGUCCCACGCUUUAAAGCAAGUGUUCAAUAAAGACAAAACCUUCCGGCCAAAGCGCAAGUUCGAGCCGGGCACUCAGCGGUUUGAGCUGCACAAGAAGGCCCAGGCCUCGCUCAAUGCCGGCCUGGACUUGAAGGUGGCCGUGCAGCUGCCGCCGGGCGAGGAGCAGAACGACUGGGUGGCCGUGCACGUCGUGGACUUCUUCAACCGCAUCAACCUCAUCUACGGCACCAUCAGUGACUAUUGCACGGAGCAGUCCUGCCCCGUCAUGUCGGGGGGCCCCAAGUACGAGUACCGGUGGCAGGACGAGCACAAGUACCGCAAACCCACGGCCCUGUCUGCGCCCCAGUACAUGAACCUGCUCAUGGACUGGAUCGAGGUGCAGAUCAACAACGAGGACAUCUUCCCCACCAACGUCGGUACUCCCUUCCCCAAGAACUUCCUGCCAGUGGUGAAGAAGAUUCUCUCCAGGCUCUUCCGAGUGUUUGUCCACGUCUACAUCCACCACUUUGACAGGAUCACCCAGAUGGGCUCGGAGGCCCACGUGAACACCUGCUACAAGCACUUUUACUACUUUGUGAAAGAGUUCAAUCUCAUAGACACCAAGGAGCUGGAGCCCCUGAAGGAAAUGACAUCCCGGAUGUGCCACUGAGCUCAGACCUUCCUGCUCCCACCUCGGCACCUCUUCUGAGGACUCCGGGCCCCAAUCCCAUAUUGGAGACGUGAUUCAAGGGGAGAACAGAGACGUUUUGUUUAAGAAAUUAUAUAUUUUUAAUGAGUUUCAAUGUAAAACUGUGAUACUGCAGGAAUAUUUUUUUAAAGAUGCUCUAGAUUAACUAAUUUUUUAUAGUAAUUUCUAUAAAAAAGAAAGAAAAUAUUUGUGGGCCACUUGAUGGGAAUGUUGGCUCUUGGAGUGAGGAGGAGCUGCCUGAGCUGCCUCCUCCAUGUGCCCUGAGUGAGCUGAGCCAGACACUUCAGACAGAGCUGUGUCGUGGGGCUGGUGCUGCCAUGGAAGCGGUACCUCCCUUGGGAUACACAUUUCCCACCCCUGAAGGCAGGGUACAGGACUGGUGUACAUGGAUCCCCCAGCACCUCUUCCACUGGCUGUGAGUCCAGGUUUGGGGCAGAGCUGCUCUGUGCCCACUGUCCCCAAGGCCUGGCUCUUGUGGGCUCCCUCUGAGCUGGGACUGGGCUUUAUCCCAUGGCUGCUGCAGUUGGAGCCGGUGCUGUUGGAGUGGAAAUCUGCCCUCGCAUGUCAGCCCGGCUCUGAGCUCUUCACACACAGCCUGGCCGUGGCUUAGCACUGUUCCCAUGGGGACACAGAUCCACGCUGGCAGCUCCACAUGGGAGCCACCAGUGGGAAGGUGCUGGGACAAGCAUCAGGAGUUCUUCUCCAUCCCCUCCCUCCCUGUCCCUCGUGGUACGCUGACCCUGCCGGGACCACAUCCCGCUUCCCGUUGGGGUACGGAGCCUUCUCCCUGUUCCCCAGCAUCACCACCCCACCCAGCUGUGCACAUCUGGGACCAAAAUCUCUGGUGUGCAGCCAGAGCCCCCCCAGCCUCGCCCGCUGCUUGCACGAGGAGAGCUUGGCAGUGCCCCCAGGUAGGUAGUGGGUCUACCUAGCAUUUGGGGACCAGUAGUGACCAAACUGCACCACUAACCACUUCUUCCUUACAAAGCAUUCCCGUGCCCUGGAAUCUCUGUACAUACGUGACUCUCAUUUCUCGUCCUGCCGCUAGGACACUCGUACAAAUACCACUCAUGCUCUGAAAUGGAACCAAUAAAUUAUGUUGUAUUUACACAGCA